AUGCCUGGAAGACAAUCCCACGGGCGGCCACUGCUGUCCUCGAAGCCGCAAGCGAAGAACUUCCGCAAGUCCAAGGCCAAGGCCCAGGCCAAAGCUCUCGACGCCUUUACCAUCGCCUCAGAACAGUUCCCUACCAAGGAGAAGCGAACACCAAGGUUCCGUGAAAUCGAGGCGCCUGCCGACACCGGAAAGAAGAAGCACAGUCGCGACGAAGAUGAUGAGGAUGAGGACGAGGAUGAGGAUGGGGAGGAGCAGCCCAGGCGAAAGAAAGUGAAGCCCUCCAGUGGGGGUGGCGACGGUGAUGAUUCAGACGAAUACGGCAGCGACAGCGAAGGAAACGAGUGGCAUUACGGCGUUAACGAAGAUGAGGACUCGGAACUCGACAGUGACGAGGCUUUUGGAGAGAGCGACGACGAGGAUUUCCAGGGUUACUCUUUCGGAGGCAGCAAGUCUGCUAAGAACCAGGAGGACGACUCAGAUGAGGAAGAUGAUGGCGACGACGACGACUCUCUAGGCGAGGACGCAAUCGACCUAGCGCAAGCUUUGGACGAGUACGAGUCCGACGAGUCCAUGGCAGACCAAGAUGACGGCUCCGAGGGCUCAGAGUCCGAAGACGAUGCUGACAGCCCGCCAUCGUCCGACGAAGACGACGAGGAGGACCAGGAAGCCGACCCCUCAAAGCUCGGCGAGCUCCAAAAGUUCAUUGCCGGCUAUGGUGGUGAUGACGAGGACGCGGCACCCACGAAGCAAAAGCAAAAAAUCAGUUUCAAGGACCUCGGUCUCGCCGGCGUCAAGGAUGCGCAGAUGCGCAAGUCGGUUAAAAUCAUGGCCAAGGAGGAGAAGGAGACGCGCCCUGGCGCCGGCAAGAAGCUCGACGUGCCCCUCGCUCGCCGGCAACAGGACAAACUUCAGCGCUCUGCGGCGUACGAGAAGGCCAACGAGACCCUUACCCGAUGGCAGGAUACUGUCAAGCAUAACCGUCGCGCGGAGCACCUUGUCUUCCCGCUGCCCCAAAACGCGGCCGAUGAGGGCCUCGACAACCGUGAGCUACAGGCCAUCACUGCCAAGACGUCCACUUCCGAACUCGAGCAGACCAUCAUGUCUAUCAUGCAGCAGAGCGGUCUCGCGCUCAACAAGGAGGAGGAGAACAAGAUGAAGAAGGCAGAAGCAGAAGAGGGUCUCUCCAAGGAGGCGCUCAAGGAUCUCGUCAACCAGCGCCGACGCGAGCGUGAGCUCAACUCGCGCGAGACGAAGCGGGCAGCGCGUAUCAAGAAGAUCAAGAGUAAGGCUUACCACCGUGUCCACCGCAAGGAGAAGGAACGUGAGGAGAUGAAACUUCAUGAGGCUAUGGCCGAGAACGGCGAGAUCGACUCUGAGGCCGAGCGGGAUGCAGCAGACCGCGCGAGAGCGCUGGAACGUGUGGGUGCUCGCCACAGAGACUCCAAGUGGGCAAAACUCGGCGCAUCCAACAAGCGUGCUGUCUGGGACGAAGAUUACCGUGCCGGCCUGCAUGACAUGGCCCGCCGCGAGGACGAGCUGCGCAAGCGCAAGGAGGGCCGCUCUGGAAACUCCGACAGUGAGGAGGAAUCUGACGAUGGCGACAGUGACGGUUCCGACGAGGAGGGCCAGGAGAAGCGCGCGCUGCUGAAGCAACUCAAGCGUAUCGAGAACGAGGAGGACGACGGCCCAACCUCGGCACUGAUGCAGAUGAAGUUCAUGCAGAAGGCUGAAGCCCAGCAGAAGAAGGCCAAUGACGAGCUGAUCGCUCAGAUCCGUCGGGACAUUGCCUCUGACGGCGAGGGCAGCGACGAAGAGGAGGUGACCGAGGUCGGUCGCAAUAAGUUUGGCAGUGCAGCUAAGCCUGCCAUCUCAGCGCCGGCGCUUUCCAAGAACAAAAAGAGCAAGAAGACUGCGGCCGCGGAGACGGACGACAACGACGUCCCUGACAACAGUGUUCUCAACACCGGAUACUCCAUCACAGCUGAGGCCUCGACAACAGGCUCCGCAUGGUCCUCUGGCCCUCGCAAGAAGUCAUCCAAGUCCCAGUCAAGCGGCGCGCGCGUUGCGGACCUCGACAACUCGCAAGCCUUGACCGCCGUGGCGCCCAAGUCCAAGUCCAGAUCAAAGACCUCCGGCAAGGGUGGCGCUGCCGCGGAUUCGGAUGCCGAUUCGGACGAGGGGGAGGACAUCCACCUGCCCCUUGCGAUCCGCGACAUCGCGCAGAUGGACAAGGCAUUCGCAGGCGACGACGUCGUGGUCGAUUUUGAGCGCGAAAAGGCCGAGAUUGAGGCCGACGACGACGACAAAAUCGUCGAUAACACGCUGCCCGGCUGGGGCGGCUGGGUCGGCGAUGGCGUGAGCCAACGCGAGAAGAAGCGGCAACAGGGCCGGUUCUUGACCAAGGUCGAGGGCAUCAAGAAGGCGGAUCGUAAGGACGCCAAGUUGGAAAAGGUUAUAAUCAGCGAGAAGCGCGUUAAGAAGAACGACAAGUACCUCGCAUCGCAGCUCCCCCAUCCCUUCGAGUCCAAGGCGCAGUACGAGCGCUCGUUGCGUCUGCCGCUUGGCCCCGAGUGGGUUACCAAGGAGUCUUUCCAGGAGGCGACGAAGCCGCGCAUCCUCAAGAAGCAGGGUAUCAUCGCGCCCAUGUCAAGACCGACAUUGUAG